AUGUCCACGCCGUACGCUAUUGCUAACUGGCAGACCGUCGCGAAAGGCGUGUCUAACGGCAAAGCGUACAUUCGAUUCGACCACCUGGAGUUCCAUCGGCCAGCAGAGGAGGCGCAACACGCGCCGCAGGUUGGGAAAACCGGGCGUAUCGAAGCUCUCUUGUUCGACGUGGAAGAUCGCGAUAGGAUCGGAUACGCCACGUCAGCAAAGACGCGAUCCUUCUGCUGCACUCCCGAGCUGGUCCAGCGCACUGGGUGCAACCCCGGCCACGUCAUCGUCCGGCCAAGGGAUGGCGACCACCAGUGGCCGCGUGUGGUGGAGAUCAAUUUCUUUGGCAACGACACCACAGUGGUGGCAGCACCAUCAGAGAUUCGCAUCAAGAUGACGGGCAUGUACUACCUCUGGUUCGUCAUCUGCGACAAGAGCAUGGCUGGCGUGUCUGUAACGGGGACAACCGUGUGGAAGAACCCUGACGGGUACCUGCCCGGCAUGAUGGCGCCUUAUCUCCUCUUCUACGAGAUCAUGGCUGUGGUAUACACCAUCCUGGGCAUCGUGUGGUUCGCGCAGUACUUCCGCUUCUGGCAGGACGGGCUGCAGAUCCACACGUGCAUCACCGCCGUGCUCGUGCUCUCCAUGGCCGAGAUGGCCACCUGGUUCUUCGACUUCGCCCAUUUCAACUCCUCCGGAUUCCGUCCCAUCGGGACCACCAUCUGGGCGGCGACUCUCGGCGCCAUCCGCAAGGCCGUCUCGCGCGUGCUCGUCCUGGUCGUCUCCAUGGGGUUCGGCGUUGUUCGUCCCACUCUCGGCGGGCUUUCCGGGAAGGUUGUGGCGCUAGGAGUGGGGUAUUUCGCGGCGGUGGAGCUUCUAGACGUGAUGCAGAACGUGGGGGCGAUUGACGAUCUCACGAGCAGCGAGCGGCUGUUCCUGGUGCUGCCGGUGGCGGUGCUCGACGCGAUUUUCAUCCUCUGGAUCUUCUCCGCGCUCUCCAAGACGCUGGCUCAGCUGCAGGCCAAGCGCACGACGCACAAGCUGGAGCUGUACCGCAAGUUUACCAACGGGCUGGCGAUCGCUGUGCUCGUGUCGGUGGCCUGGAUAGGCUUCGAGAUGUACCUGCGCACAUCGGACCCGUACAAUGAGCAAUGGGAGGGCGACUGGAUCACCGGGUGCUUCUGGCAUGUGCUCACGCUCAUGCUGCUCUGCCUCAUCUGCGUUUUAUGGGCGCCCUCAAGAAACGCCACCAGAUACGCCUAUUCGGAGGAUGUUCCAGAGGAGUUGGGCGAGGAGGAGGUAGCACUCACGGCAGUGUCAGCUGCUGCUGGUAACGCUGCAGGUGGGGCAGAGAAGAAGCAAGCAGUUAACACAGACGUGUUCUCAUUGGACGACGAGUUGGAGGAGGGGAAGAAAGAAUAA